AUGCAGGUGAAGCAGAAGGUCUACGAGCUCUAUAAGGGCACGGUGGAGCGGGUCACGGCCCCGCGCACCGUCUCCGCGUUCCUCGAGAAGGGCGUCCUCUCCGUCCCCGAGUUCAUCCUCGCCGGCGACAACCUCGUUGCCAAGUGCCCCACCUGGUCCUGGGAAGCGGGCGAUCCAAGCAAGAGGAAGCCGUAUCUCCCCGCCGAUAAGCAGUUCCUCGUCACCCGUAAUGUGCCCUGUUUAAGACGUGCCAUCUCGGUUGAGGAGGAGUAUGAUGCAGCAGGAGCCGAGGUGGUUCUCGAUGACGAUGAGGAUGGUGAAGGCUGGCUUGCAACACAUGGGGUGCAAGCAUCAAAACCAGAAGAAGAAGAAGACAUUCCCUCUAUGGAUACAUUGGAUAUAGGGAGAUCUGAUGGAAUAAAGUCUAUCCCCUCUUACUUUAGCGGUGGUAAGGAGGAAGAGGAAGAGGAAGAUAUACCUGACAUGGACACUUAUGAAGACACAGGGAAUAAUUUGGCUGCUGCUGAGCCAUCAUACUUUGUCGCAGAAGAACCGGAAGAUGACAACAUCCUUCAUACCAGAACAUAUGAUGUUAGCAUAACGUAUGACAAAUACUACCAAACCCCACGCGUCUGGCUGACUGGAUAUGAUGAGUCAAGAAUGCCACUAAAGCCUGAACUUGUGUUUGAAGAUAUCAGCCAAGACCACGCGCGAAAAACGGUGACUAUUGAGGACCAUCCUCACUUAUUGGCUGGAAAGCAUGCUUCAGUGCACCCAUGCAAACAUUCAGCUGUGAUGAAAAAGAUUAUCGACGUUCCAAUGUCGGGGGGAGUGGAACCAGAAGUUGACAAGUACCUUUUCAUAUUUCUGAAAUUCAUAGCGACAGUCAUACCAACUAUCGAGUAUGAUUACACAAUGGACGUCGACCUCGGCAGCACGAGCUGA